UGGAUGCUGGAACUUGUAGCUAGAUCUCAUCGCUUUCUGGUGUCGCGCCUUUCAACUAAGGGUAGUUUUCUAUUGCUCCACAGAGCUGUGGUCAGCCACUUAGCUGCUGGUAAGGUCAGCACGCUUUGAUCAGUAAUGAUUAUGAUAAUGAUAGUUUACUUUUAUAGAACGCUUACUGUGGGCGGGGCUCCGAUUAAAGCAUCUUUACUUAUUUCAUCUCAUUCCUAAGAGCCCACUAAGGGAAGUACAUUUGUUGUACUGAUAAGGAAUCUAGGGCUUAGAGAGGUGAAAGUAACACUGCCAGAGACUAGCUAAGAUACAGACCCAGACUCUCUGAAGCGAGAGCCCGCAAGGUUAUCUCCUUAACUGUAUAUUAGCUUUUCCACCAUGUUGCCGCCUUCAAGAAGCUUUUUGGCUUUCAUCCAGCAGAAGAACAUCACUCCUUCCUCUAACCUCCAUUUUAUGAUUUCUGGCCAUUUCCUGCUUUCUUAGUUCGUUUAUGGCCUCUCCAGGCGUGGAAGGUACAAAGAUACCUGGGCUGAGAGGAUUUCUGCGGCGGCGCGAUUCUCUGACGUUUCCCCUUAUAAUUGGCCGGGAGCUGCGGAUGCAAUUCUGAAGCCUAAGUGGCCGCCCGCGCCGCCUCGGAGGUGAAGUGUACUGCGCUGAUUGGCUGCGAGGCGCCGGCCGCGUGUGAUGUCCAGAGCAGCGAUUGGCUCUGACCCGCCGGGGGCUUCUCUCGCCGGGACUCAGGACUCCCGGGAAGUGGACUGGUAGAGGAGGGGGCCAGCUAGCUGUCGAUCUCGACCGAGUCGGAGACCCCGGCGUGAGGCGGCUUCUCAGGACCGGGUGGGCUGGCGAGCCGACGCGGCGGCGGAGGCUGUGAGGAGUGCCGGGGGGCAGGGGCUCGCUCAGAAAGACCAUGGCCCCGCAGAACCUGGGCACCUUCUGCCUGUUGCUGCUGUACCUCAUCGGGGCCGUGAUCGCCGGGCGAGAUUUCUAUAAGAUCUUGGGGGUGCCUCGCAGCGCCUCUAUAAAGGAUAUUAAAAAGGCCUACAGGAAACUAGCCCUGCAGCUUCAUCCCGACCGGAAUCCUGACGAUCCUCGAGCGCAGGAGAAAUUCCAGGAUCUGGGUGCUGCUUAUGAGGUUCUGUCAGAUAGUGAGAAACGGAAACAAUAUGAUACUUACGGUGAAGAGGGAUUAAAAGAUGGACAUCAGAGCUCCCAUGGAGACAUUUUUUCACACUUCUUUGGCGAUUUUGGUUUCAUGUUUGGAGGAACCCCUCGUCAGCAAGACAGAAAUAUUCCAAGAGGAAGUGAUAUUAUUGUAGAUCUGGAAGUCACUUUGGAAGAAGUGUAUGCAGGAAAUUUUGUAGAAGUGGUCAGAAACAAACCCGUGGCAAGGCAGGCGCCCGGCAAACGGAAGUGCAACUGCCGCCAGGAGAUGCGAACCACCCAGCUGGGCCCUGGGCGCUUCCAGAUGACCCAGGAGGUGGUCUGUGAUGAGUGCCCCAAUGUCAAACUAGUGAAUGAAGAACGAACUCUGGAGGUAGAAAUUGAACCUGGGGUGAGAGAUGGCAUGGAGUACCCCUUUAUUGGAGAAGGUGAGCCUCAUGUGGAUGGAGAGCCAGGAGACUUGCGGUUCCGAAUCAAAGUUGUCAAGCACCCAAUAUUUGAAAGGCGAGGUGAUGACUUAUACACAAACGUGACCAUCUCCCUCGUGGAAUCACUGGUGGGCUUCGACAUGGAUAUCACGCACUUGGAUGGUCACAAGGUACAUAUUUCCCGGGACAAGAUCACCAGACCGGGAGCCAAGCUGUGGAAAAAAGGGGAAGGGCUCCCCAACUUUGACAACAACAACAUCAAGGGCUCUUUGAUAAUCACUUUCGAUGUGGAUUUUCCAAAGGAACAGUUAACAGAGGAAGCAAGAGAAGGUAUCAAACAGCUACUGAAACAAGGGUCAGUGCAGAAAGUAUACAAUGGACUGCAAGGAUAUUAAGAGUGAAUAAAAUUGGACUUUGUUUCAAAUAAGUGCAUCGGCGAUAUUUAUUAUCUGCAGGGGUUUUUUGUGUGUGAUUUUUGUUUUUAUUCUCAAUAUACAAGUUUGGCUUAAAUUUUUUUUUUCUUCUAAUGAUCAUCAUGAAAUGAAUAAGAGGGCUUAAGAAUUUGUCCAUUUGUGUUGAGAAACGAAUGACCAGCAAAAGGUUUAAUAAUACCUCUCCCUUUGGGGAUUUAUGUCUGGUGCUGCCGCCUGAGUUUCAAGAAUUAAAGCUGCAAGAGGACUCCAGAUGCAAAAGACACAAUACAAAGGGUUGGAGUUAAUUGUUAGCUAUUUCAUUCGAAAUGCCAACUGGAGAAGUCUGUUUUUAAAUACAUUUUGUUGUUAAUUUUU